GACUCUGAGGACAAAACGAUGCGUUUUAGGCCUCAUUCGUCUCCAAAGCUUCACGCUUUCCUCUGAAUCUCUCUCUCUCUCUCUCUCGGGGUAGACGCCAUGGACGAGCACCAAGUUGCUUCCCUCCUCAAAACAUCCGAGCUUUUUCCCCUUCCUAAAGGAGUCAAGCUAUCGUACGGAACGGCGGGGUUCCGAGCCGACGCGACGGUGCUGGAAUCGACGGUGUAUAGAGUUGGAAUUCUCGCCGCAGUACGAUCGAUCAAGCUCCAGUCAUCGGCGGUGGGGCUCAUGAUCACGGCGUCGCACAACAAAGUGUCCGACAAUGGCGUCAAAGUCGCCGAUUCCGACGGCGGCAUGCUUUCCCAGGAUUGGGAGCCCUUCGCUGAUCAUCUCGCCAAUGUAUCAUCUUCCCAAGAUCUUGUCUCGUUGAUUAGAGAUUUUGUGGAGAAGGAGAAGGUUCCUGUAGGAGAGAAGUUUGCAGAGGUAUGGUUGGGAAGGGACACUAGGCCUAGUGGUGACUUGCUCCUCCAAGCUGCGAAAGAGGGAGUGGCCUCUAUCACGGGAUCUGUCAUGUUUGACAUGGGGAUUUUGACAACUCCUCAAUUGCAUUGGAUGGUUCGAGCCAGAAACAAAGGUCUUAAUGCGACACAGAACGAUUACUUUGAGCAGCUCUCAAGCUCAUUCAGAUGUCUGAUGGAGCUGAUUCCGAGUGGGUCUGGUUCCAAGUUUGAUGGGUCUCAAAGGAAAUUACUUGUGGAUGGUGCCAAUGGUGUGGGUGGACAGAAACUUGAGGAUCUAAAAGGGUCGCUGAACAAUUUGGUUAUUGAAAUUCGUAACACCGGAAAGGAUGGAGGUGUUCUUAAUGAAGGGGUCGGUGCUGAUUUUGUGCAGAAGGAGAAGGUUGUCCCUUCAGGAUUCGGGUCAAUGGAUGUUGGGAUGAGGUGUGUGAGUCUGGACGGUGAUGCAGAUAGAUUAGUGUACUUUUUCAUCCCAUCAGACUCAACUGGCAAUAUUGAACUGCUUGAUGGUGACAAAAUAUUAUCAUUGUUUGCUCUUUUCAUCAAAGAGCAGCUAAGUGUUAUCGAUACAGAAAGGAAGUAUUCCCGCCUUGGUGUCGUUCAGACAGCUUACGCGAAUGGGGCAUCCACUAAUUACCUAAAAAAUCUGGGUUUAGACGUCGUUUUCACUAAAACCGGUGUGAAGCAUUUGCAUGAAAAAGCUGCCCAGUUCGACAUCGGGAUCUACUUUGAGGCCAAUGGCCAUGGCACUAUACUCUUCUCAGAAACUUUGCUCUCAUGGCUAGAAUCCAAACAGAAGGAUCUCGCCACCACUGCUAAAGGCUCAGAAGAGCUUAAGGCGGUUUCUAGGCUCGUGGCUAUGAGUAAGCUCAUUAACCAAGCAAUUGGGGAUGCACUUAGUGGAUUGCUCUUGGUUGAAGUAAUUCUGCAACACAUGGGAUGGUCAAUACAGAAAUGGAAUGAGCUUUACAAGGACCUUCCUAGCAGACAACUCAAGGUUAAAGUUCCAGACAGAACAGCAAUAGUUACCACUGAGGAAGAAACCGAGGCUCUGAAGCCACCAGGUGUCCAAGAAGCAAUCAACACGGAAAUCGCUAAAUACCCUCAAGGUAGAGCUUUCAUACGGCCAUCGGGCACAGAGGACGUAGUGAGGGUAUAUGCCGAGGCCUCAACGCAAGAAAAGGCAGAUAAUUUGGCUAAGUCGGUGGCUCAGCUCGUCGAGAGGUUCCUCGGGUCAAAGAUAGUUCCAUCUGAAUCAUAAUCUAAAUCUGAUCCAAAGUGUGUUCAUCUGGGCAACAACUCCACUACUCAGGUUUGGAACAAGUACUUCAAAAAAAAAAACGAAUUGAAUCUGGGAAUCUGACUGGGAAAGAUUGGAAUGGUUCUUGUUCUUGAUAAUCUCAGCCUGGAAACAAUUUCAAGUUCUUCACCAAACUCAGCAAAUUUUAGAAAACUUUCUUCAUGGAGUAUGUUUUGAAUAGUAUUUUUUUUUAUAUUGGUCCGUUUCUGACAUAGAAAGUUGGAAUGUAAUGAUAUAUAUAUAUAUAUAUAUAUCAAAUCCCAUACUUUUAGUUUA